ACUCACAGCUGUUGGGGCAGCAUUUUUAAAGUUACGGAGGACCUGGGCGGAAACCAUUUUCCCAGCGGUUCCCGGCCCCGCUCCUUGAGUCCGUAGCCCCCGAAACAACAUCGGGGUUGAUGGCAAAAUUGUUUCAGAGACGUUGCCUUUGAGGCUCAGUCUGUUCCAGCCGUCCCACACAGCCUUCCAGCUAAAGAGUUACAGUGUGGAUGUGAAACUGCUGUGAUAGCCCAACUUAGAGAAACUGUUGACAUCGUUGGAGUGGUUCCAGUAACCUACCUUGCGAAACGCUUCGGCUUCACAGAAUUUCCUUUGUGAAAACCACAAGCAAAGUGUCAGAAUUUGCCAUUCAGUUCAACAACUUCAAAUUCUUAGCAUGGAAUAUUCAGAGAAGACAGAAGUGGUUCUCCUUGCUUGUGGUUCCUUCAAUCCUAUCACCAACAUGCACCUCCGGCUAUUUGAGCUGGCCAAGGACUACAUGAACGGAACAGGAAAAUAUAGAGUUAUCAAAGGCAUAAUCUCUCCUGUUGGUGAUGCAUAUAAGAAGAAAGGACUCAUCUCUGCCCACCACCGAGUUAUCAUGGCAGAACUCGCCACCAAGAAUUCAGAAUGGGUGGAAGUUGACAGCUGGGAGAGUCUGCAGAAGGAGUGGGUAGAGACCGCUAAGGUGCUAAGACACCAUCAGGAGAAACUGGAGGCUGGGAGCUGUGAUCGCCAGCAGGACUCACCCAUGCCGGGAAGGCCCGGACAGAAAAGGAAGUGGGCUGAACAAAGGCAAGAUUUCAGUCAAAAUAAAUUGCUAGAGCCAAAACCAAAAGAUGUGCCAAAGGUAAAGCUGCUGUGUGGGGCAGAUUUAUUGGAGUCCUUUGCUGUUCCCAAUCUGUGGAAGAGUGAGGAUAUUACCCAGAUUGUGGGAGACUAUGGGCUCGUAUGUAUUACUCGGGCUGGAAAUGAUGCUCAGAAAUUCAUCUAUGAGUCUGAUGCGCUGUGGAAACACCGGAACAACAUUCACCUGGUAAAUGAAUGGAUCACCAAUGACAUCUCAUCCACCAAGAUCCGACGAGCCCUCAGAAGGGGCCAGAGCAUUCGCUACUUGGUACCGGACCUCGUCCAAGAAUAUAUCGAAAAGCAUGAUUUGUAUAGCUAUGAGAGUGAAGAGAAGAAUGUUGGGGUCAUCCUGGCUCCUUUGCAGAGGAACACGGCAGACGCUAACUCAUAAAUCCUACAGCAUGAUAUUUUGGGCUUCCGGCUUGGGAAUUUGAAACAGUCUGGGCGUUAGUAACUGGGAAGAGGAAUUGUGAUCCUAUUUCAUAAACUAAAGCUUUUUAAAAGUUUGGUAAAAAUCAGUAGUAGAUUAAAAUCAGGUUUAUCAUUUUAUUGGAAAUUGCUAAGAUGAAUGUUUUCAAUAUGGUCUUUUUUUUUAAACAAUGUACAAACCCUUUAAUCUUUAAAAUGGGAUUAACAGCACUAAAACCAGAAGACAUUUGAUUAAACUAACUACAAAUAAGAAGUCAAAAAGGACAUAUUGGCUUUACCACAUAAGAGGAGCAAAGUGGGAAAAGCAAGGGUCCAUUUAAAAUGCUGACUUUGGGGGCGCCUGGGUGGCUCAGUUGGUUAAGUGUCCAACUCUUGGUUUCAGCUCAGGUUGCGAUCUCGAGAUUAUGGGAUUGAGUCCCAUAUCAGGCUCUGUGCUCAGCACGGAGUCUGCUUCAGAUUCUCUCUCCCUCUCCCUCCCACUCACUCUCUCUCUCAAAAAAUUAAUAAAAUCUUUAAAAAAAAAACUAUUUAAAAUCCUAACUUUAGUUAUAAAGGGAAUUAACGUUUUGUACAUGCUGUUUCUAGGCAUUCUUCACCAAGGGUGGCAAAGGAAGUAAUUCCUAAAAUAGUGAUUUUGUAAAAUGCACCACUAAUCAGUCAUCUUCAGCUGUGCAAAAUACAGGUUGUGAAUGUGCCUGGCAGAGGCUUGACGCUAAUGGGUCAGUGUCUCUGGCCCAUGUCAGAAGUCGGCCAGUUAAGCUUUGCCAAGACACAUCUGCCCAGAGCUCCACCUUUGGAGGUUGGGAGAAAGAUCCAAGGCCUCAGAUGUUCAGAAGGGUGCACCAGUGUUUCUGCUGCCCACACCAGAGGUAGAGAAGCAGUCUGGGUGUUAGUGGUGGGGGAAAGGAAUUGUGAUCCUGUUUCAUAAACAAAAGCUUAAGAGUUUGGUGAAAACCAGUAGUAAGUUAAAAUCAGGUUACAUGUUAUGCUUAUUCUCAGGACAGGCUCUUGUGGCUCUGGCCAUCUGCCAUCUUGCUAUCUUCAGGAACAGCUUCUGAGAUGAUGUCACGCCACCUGGCACAGAGAGAACCACAGAGAAGGAGGGAUCUUAUUUGAGGAUUUUAUUAAAUAUCAGUGGUCUUAGCCUUUCUUUCUUUUUUUUCCUCUUAGCCUUUUUUUUUUUUUUAAUGUAUUUAUUUGACAGAGAGAGCAAGAGAGCACAAGCAGCAGAGGGAGAGGAAGAAGCAGGCUCCCCGCUGAGCAGGGAGCCCGAUGUGGGGCUUUAUCCCAGGACCCUGGGAUCAUGACCCAAGCCGAAGGCAGAUGCUUAACUGACUGAGCCACCUAGGCACCCCCCUCUUAGCUUUUCUUGAUAGCUUAAUAAACCAGAGAUGAACAGAGAUCCUACAAACAUGGGAAAUGCCACACUGGGUGAGCUCAGCAGUUCCUCCUGCUCAGAAUUUCAGGCACUGACAAAUGGCUGGCUGGAAGAACGCUCCAUGGUCUCAGUCUAAAACUCUCUUGAGUUUCUGAAGAGCCCUGCUGUUUCUUUUCUUCUCUCUUUUUUUUUUUUUUAAGAUUUUAUUUAUUUAUUCGACAGAGAGAGAGACAGCCAGCGAGAGAGGGAACACAAGCAGGGGGAGUAGGAGAGGAAGAAGCAGGCUCAUAGCGGAAGAGCCUGAUGUGGGGCUCGAUCCCAUAAUGCCGGGAUCACACCCUGAGCCAAAGGCAGAUGCUUAACCGUUGUGCCACCCAGGCGCCCCUGAAGAGCCCUGCUGUUUCUGUUCCUGCCUGCUGUGAAUCUGCCAUUUGUGAAUUUAAGUAGAAAAAGGGUCUAUUUACUUUCUUACCCUUUUCCCCUUGUCCUUUUAUACGCACUUUAACCGCAGUAGAACUCCCAAAUAAUAAUUGAGGUCAUAGCUUUUAGGUUACAAACACAAGCUUGUUAUAUAGUUGGAUGCUGAUUAAAAUUUUGUGGAGGUUUUACCAACUGGUAAAGCAAUAAGACCAGAAAUAGCUUUUUAUAAAGUAGUUUUAUGAUUCAUGAAAAUCAUCCUAUGAUAGAAACAGAACUAAAGUUAAAUUUCUCAUGAAAGUAGAAUAAUUUACUUUUUUGCAAUCUCUGUUUCAUACCUACCCCAUUCUAGAGGAAGGGUUUAUGACUGCAGAAGGAAAAAAUACUUAAAACUGUGCGGUUGUCCUGUCAAAUCUGAAUGCACAGUCUGAAAAGGGGCAAUGUGAAAGCCGGCCAACGUACAUUCUACAGAUACUGACUUACUCUUUCUGAAGCCAGCAGGUGAACUUGACAAAGACCGGGAGGGGUGCAGAGACUGGCACCAGUAGGCUUCAGUCUCUGCUGACGGAGUGACAGGUUAGAGUCUCAGAUCGCAGAGAUGAGGGUCAUUUCUCACCCUCCUCAGCUUUUUGGAGUUGAGAGUUGAAGCGAUAGUGGAAAAGGACCAUCUAGAUGCAGAUGAAGCUACUGAAAUAUGUAACUUUGAUUUCUUCCGGAAAACUGUGCUUAGCUCAUCUGAUGUGUGUGCGGACUGCAGAAUGCUAGAAACGCUAGAAACUUCUCUCUUUUUUAUUUUGUAGAAACUUCUCUUAUACCGUGGUGCCUUCCUACCUAGAAGUGCCCACCCUGCUCAGCUGUGAGUAUAUUGACCUCAGGACCCACCGGGUAAAGCAUUUGAGGACCUCCCAGGAGAGUUGGUAAUAGUGAAAUGAUCUUAUUGUUGGUCUGUUUAUGGAUCAAUACCUUUGUACAUGGAACGUUAAUGAGCUGUUUUAGCUUUGUCCCAGUACCAAGGAUGCUGCUAAUGCCACAGCCUAAGAACAUAGUUUUGGGAGACCGCAGGGGCAGGAUUUCCUGUUUUGAUAAUGGAAAGUAGAACAGUGAACUUCGCGGGGGAAUAAAUACUAAUAAUUGUUGUGACUUCCACUGAGGAAGAGGAAAAUAUGCCACUGUAUUUCCUAUUAUGGCUUUUUCAUAAUCUGCUUUUGUAAUGUGAAUUUUGAGUUUAGGAAAUGUGUGAGGUUGGUGUUUUGUGUGUUUGAUGCUGGUGGUUUUUAUGUGUUAUACUCCUUUACCCCUUACACUGUAUAAUUUGAGUGCAGUGAAUGAACAAAAGUCCUUUACUGGCAGCUUAAUUCAGUUGAAUGUACAACAUCUGGAGAGAUUUUUUUUGUUGUUUACCUGUUUAGGAGACAAGUGUGAGCAGUAAACCAUUUAGAUAAGAGGAGUGGGUUCUCCUUGGUGAGCAGAGUAGAGAGAUUGAGCCAGAGGCUUGAUUUAGGCCCAUCUUCUUGCAUCAGUGGAUUCUGUUUCUUUUUCUGCCAUCUUGAGGGUCUCCCCACAGGGUGGAAGGAAGCAUUCUGGCAGGGUCGGCAUGCAUGGUAGUGGUAGGGGUGCUAUUUUUCUUACCCCAACCUCUGAUUCACUUCUGUCAGAGCCCAGAAGUCACUAUAUUGUGAAAUGGGCUCCUUUACCAUUACUUCCGGGUGCCAUAGGACAUCCCUUCCACUGCCGUCCCUAUACUCGUUCCCACAGGCCUCAUGGUCUAGAACACUCAGCAUGGCAUCCACCCACCUGUGUCUGUCUCUGAAAUCUGUACCUAGUUUACCAAUGGUGCUGUCUGAACUUCAGAAUGCCAACACUUACUGAGCACUUAACAUGUGCUGGGCGGGUGUGAGGGAUAAAGAAAUGAGGCACAAUUAGGUGACUGGUAUAAAUGACACACCCGAGGCUUGAAUGAGCAGUUUGUCUUCAGAGGCUGGACUCUUAUCCUCUUAAUGCCUUACGUAACAUAUUACUUUUCAAAGAAUGAAGUAUUUGCAAUUUUGAAGUUUUCAUCCCCCCCAAGUGGAUGAGCAAAUAAAGAACACUUUCAACAUGUGA